UCAUUACUCUCUCGUGUCAUAUCUCCUAACUCUUAAUUCCACACACUUCUAGAGAGAAACAAAGAGAUUGUGUAAUUGUCUUACUCUUGAGUCUUGUGUGGCCUAUUUUUGAAUUUUCGGAAAAUGUUGGGUGUAUUUAGCAGUUCCAUUGUUUCGCCGCCCGACGAGCUUGUGGCCGCCGGAAGCCGGACUCCGUCGCCUAAGAUCAAGGCGGAAGCUCUGGUGAAACGGUUCGUUCAAAACAAUUCGUCGGCGGUUUCUAUGCAGAUCGGCGAUCAUGUCCAACUCGCUUACACUCACUACAACGAGUCCGCUGUACUCCCCAGGUCAUUUGCUGUUAAGGAUGACAUAUUUUGCUUGUUUGAGGGAUCACUUGACAACUUAGGGAGUCUGAGGCAACAGUAUGGCCUUUCCAAGUCUGCAAAUGAGGUGAUGCUGGUGAUUGAAGCAUACAAGGCACUUCGUGACAGGGCACCUUACCCUCCAAAUCAUGUUGUUGGUCACCUUGAAGGCAAUUUUACUUUCAUUGUCUUUGACAAGUCCACCUCCACCUUAUUUGUAGCUACUGAUCAAGUUGGUAAGGUACCCCUCUACUGGGGAAUCACUGCUGAUGGGUAUGUGGCCUUUGCCAAUGAUGCUGAUUUGCUCAAAGGUGCUUGUGGCAAGUCACUUGCUUCUUUUCCUCAAGGGUGUUUCUACUCGACAUCAGUUGGAGAACUGAGAAGCUACGAGAACCCCAAAAAUAAGAUCACAGCCGUUCCUGCUACUGAGGAAGAAAUCUGGGGUACUAAGUAUAUGGUGGAAGGUUCAGCCGUUGUUCUUGCAGCCACAAAAUAGAAGAUUUGGUUUUCCUCUCAGAGCUCUGCUGGAAAAAAGAAAGCCGUGAGUGGCAAAGAAUGCAGGGCAGGGCAUUGGUGGGAGCCAUGUAAAUAAGUGAAUUGAGUGUUUUCUAUUCCUAUGUUCUACUUUUGUGCUGCUUUAGGAUAAGGUUAGGUUGAAAGUAUGAUGUUUGGUUUCUUUUAGGUAUUUUAACUACUUCAAUCAAUGUACACCUUUCUUGACUUCAAUAAUAAUGUUGGUAAUACGUUGGAAGUGCUCAA